GCCAGACAGGGUCGCUGAUAUUGGGGGGCUAUGAGGAAAACCGCAUUCUAGGAGACGUGGGGACUUUCCGCCUAGAUUCCACCCUCCCUCGGGUGAUACUUGUGGAUGUACUUCUCGACUUCGAAGCAGGACCAUCUCCAUACAACACAACUGUCGGAAGCGUAUGGCAAAGUGAAAGUCUCCCUGCCGCCGUCCAAAGUAUGACCAACAAGUACGGUGGCCCCGCUGGGUCUGCUAUGGUCCUGCCAAAUGCUGCUGCCCCUUACAUGUAUCUUCCACCGGAGGUAUGCGAGGCUGCUGCAUCUCACUUGCCCGUCCGCUGGGUACCAGAAAUCGGAUUGUAUGUGUGGGAGUUUCACUCAGAUCCGGUCAGAACCACCCGCUUCGUCAACUCUCCAGCCUCCAUGGCUUUCGUAUUUACAGACGAAAACUCCAAAAAUAUCACCAUAAAGAUUCCCUUCAGGUUAUUGAAUCUUACGAUAGAUCGCAUGCCCAUCAGAGAGAAUCAUGUGAACUGGGGAGUGGAUACAUACUGGCCCUGCAAACCAUGGACCGAAUCGGAUAUCGUGGCUUCCUCGUCACUGAACCGAUACACAUUAGGCCGAGCUUUUCUGCAAGGUGCUUUUACGGGAUUCAACUAUGACCGAGAACGCUUUUUCAUGGCACAAGCACCCGGUCCAGGAAUGUCAGAACAGCUCAUUGUCCAGGAUAACACCAAGGACUUACGGUCGAGACCUGCGGAUACCUUUGUCGAUACCUGGCGGGAAUAUUGGACAGAGGUGGAGGCAGGAACUGGAGCGACAUCAGGCCCACCCUCCGAGACGAGCAGCGUCAACUCCGCUUCUCCAAGCGGAUUAGGAACAGGUGCAAUAGCAGGAAUCGCAGUCGCGGGUGGAUGUGGUUUGGUUGCGAUGGUGGCCAUCAUAUGGUUCCUUUGCUGGCGGGCUCGGAGAAAGAGAAAUUCCGACGAAGAACACAAAAACGAAAGUGGAAGCGGAAGUGGCUUACAUGAUG